CCGGAACAACAACAUUUUCUUUCACGACCACCCAGACUCUACAGUGACGAAAAUACAAGCAUUCUCAUUUCACAACUUUCUCUGAAUUGCUCCGCCCUCCAUUUUCGAUCUUUAUUCGAGCUCGGAAUGCUCAUUCACUUGCAGGCUAGGAGCUUUCGAGGUUUCUUUCCUUUUCCUACAUUGUAAAUGUCUACUAUAAAAAUGAAAUCAAAAUCCAAUUUUGAAGCUAGAUCUAUUGGGUUGAAGAGUUCCCAAGGAGAAGGUCCAAAUUGGGUGCUUAUUGUUGGCGGCGCCUUGUUAAGUACUUUAUCUAUUCGUCUUGGCUUCAAACUGAAACAGACGUUUGAUUGUAAACAAAAAGAUGACACAAUAUUGAAAGGAAGUGAAAGAUCAACUAGUCAAAGGUUAGGAAACUGUCGAUCGAAUUCAAGUUUACAUUCUUUUGGAUUGGAUGAGAAUAACUACUAUAAUUGUAGUGCAGGAGAACGUGUAAUGGAGAUAAGGAACCCUCAGAACAGCCGAAAUUUGACAGAUCAAGAGGUGUCACUCCCUCUAGUGACUGUUCCUACAUCUGAGUAUGGUGCGGUUUGGGUUUCAUCUCCAGAGCGUGGUGAUCCACCUUUAAAAUCAUUCCAUCAGUCAAGUACUUUGGACUCACCAUGUGUAUCUGAAUCCAGUUCUGAAAUAUAUAGCAAGCGAGAAGUAAUACAGAAACUCAGACAUCAGUUGAAGCAAAGAGAUGACAUGAUAUUGGAGAUGCAGGAUCAGAUAACCGAACUACAGAAUGCUUAUAAUGCGCAAAUAUCUCAUUCUGACCACUUGAGGUCACAGCUUGAUUCUGCCAACAAGGAUCUCUUGGAUUCGGAGAGAGAAAUCCAAAGGCUGAGGAAAGCUAUUGCGGAUCAUUGUCUGGCGUUCGGAGAGUCAAAUGAGAAGCCUUCUGCUGUCUCGACUUCACCAUUAGAGACAAGAAAUGGUCAUGUCAAUGGGUCUAUUAAUGGAGAUGUCAAUUUUGGGUUUCAUGGGAAAAGUAGAGGAGAUGAGGAAAGGAUCCAAAUGCUGAAAAAGGAAAUCAGCGGGCUGAAAGAUAUAAUUAACGGAAAAGAGUAUCUACUGGAAAACUACAAGGAACAGCAGGUUGAGCUUUCUUCUAAGAUUAAGGAAUUGCAACAGAGAUUAGAUAAUCAGCUUCCACACAUAUUGUAGACUACAUACCCUUUUCUUUUCUCUAUCUCCACAAUCCUCUUUCUCGAUUCUCAGGUUUCUUUUCAUCCUUUUGUUUUCCCCAAAUCAAUUGUGUGCCUAGGCUUUGAGCUGUAUAUAUGUUUCAUGAGUGCUAGUAAAAAUUGCGUCUUUAAUGAAAAGAUUGGUUGAGGUUA